GUGCAUGUGUGUGUUUGUGUAGUCUCUCUCCCUCAGCUGAAGGAGUUGGACUGGAGGGUGGACAUGGUGACCGGCUCAGAGUCUCUCAGCCGGAUGUCCGUCCCCACCUGCCUGGUUCAGCUGAAGAUGGAGGACUCGUGUCCGGCGGCAGGCGGGGAGUCGGUUUCCGCGGUGACGGUGGAGCUGAGCCGGGAGUCUCUGGACACCAUACUGGACGGACUGGGACGCAUCAGAGACCAGCUGUCUGUGGUCGCUGGGAAAUAAAGA